AACUCCAGACUGUACUCGUAGAAGUGAUAGCACAAUGAGUUCUCCCACUCUGUACUCUCAUCUUCUGUCGAUCCACACUUCAAAGCUCAAUUCGUUCAAAUCCCUAAUUUUCCUAUGCAACGCCUCCUCUCAUGGAAACAUUAGACGCCUUUCUUCAUCCAGGGGACGCUUGCGGUCUCGAAUUAUCUGUUGUUCUGCAAAGAAUUUCUCAGGUUCUAGUCCUCCGAACGGUACCAGUGCAAGCAACUUCUGCAUUAUAGAAGGACCAGAGACAGUUCAGGAUUUUGUCCAGAUGCAGCUGAAAGAAAUUGAAGACAAUAUACGAAGUCGGAAAAAUAAGAUUUUUCUACUUUUGGAAGAGGUGAGGAGAUUACGAGUGCAGCAACAUAUAAAGAAUGUCAAAGUUAUUGAGGAGAGCAAUGAGGAAGAAGCAAAUGAAAUGCCCGACAUACCAUCAUCUAUCCCUUUUCUGCCCCAUGUGACGCGGAAGACAUUGAAACAACUAUAUCUGAUGAGCUUUUCAAUUAUCUCUGGGAUAAUUAUCUUUGGGGGGCUUCUUGCACCAGUUCUGGAGCUGAAAUUAGGUUUAGGGGGCACGUCAUAUGAAGAUUUCAUACACAAUAUGCAUUUGCCUUCACAAUUAAGUCAGGUCGAUCCUAUUGUGGCUUCUUUUUCGGGGGGUGCAGUGGGUGUCAUUUCAGCCUUGAUGUUAAUUGAAGCUAACAAUGUUACGCAACAAGAAAAGAAAAGGUGCAAAUAUUGUCAUGGGACUGGAUAUCUUGCUUGUGCUCGGUGCUCUGCAAGUGGCAUAUGCUUAAGCACCGAACCAGUAUCAGUAUAUGGUGCAUCUGAUCGCCCUCUGCACGUGCCCACAACACAAAGGUGUCCAAACUGCUCUGGGGCAGGAAAGGUAAUGUGCCCAACAUGCCUGUGCACCGGGAUGGUAAUGGCAAGUGAACAUGACCCACGAAUCGAACCAUUUGACUAGCAGGAUUGAUUGGAGUUCCCCUUCUACCAUCACCACAAUCCCCUCUUUUCUUUCUUGCGAUGAGGGUACUACAGUAAGAAGGAUGAAGGCACACCUUCUGCAGAAAAGCCUCAACCAGAAUAUAUUGAUUGUUUUUGUACAAUGCAUUUCUUACAGAGCACUGCAGGAUAUUUAUAGACUAUUACACAUCAGAAGAAUAUUCUAGCUAGAGAAUAUUUUCAUAACCAAACUUGUUACAAGAAUGAUUCCAUUGUGCCACCUAUUCUAGAUUUUUCCCUUUCGGUUGAGUUGAUUCAUUGCUUCCGGAA